AAAUCUAUCCGAAUAAAACUAUUUGAGUCUCUGAGAUCGUCUUCCUGGUCGUCCUCCAUUUUCUAGGGUUAGGUUUCUUGCUUCAUCGAAUUCAUAAUCUUCUCUGUGAAUCCAAUUGCGAUUUAGGAAAAAGAAAAAUGGCGUGGAGAAACUUCUUCAACGAGAUUAGGGGCCUGAAGUUGAAGGAAUUGCCCGAUCACGUGAAGCCAAUGAUCUCGAUCGCGAGUGCGAAGAAUGCUGUAGUGAGAGGCUUGGAUAACUACAACGCUAAGUACAUUCAGACCGGUUCCAUCGAUCCUCUCUACCAUGUCUGCUUCGGUGGAAUGAUCUUCUCCUACCUCGUCGCUCUGCCCGAAGAGCGCCGCCAUCUCGAGCACCAGCAGCACGCCAAGGAACACGGCCAUUGAUUCAUUCCUCAGCAAGGGGCGAUGGACCUUUAUUUUGGGGCUAUUUGUUUGUUUGAUGCUUUUCUUUCUUUUGAUAUCUUCAAAUUUUAGACAGAAAGAUACUGUCUUCAUGGUUCAUGUCAGCAUUAAGUGAUGAAAAUAAAAAUCUUAAUCAUAUUUAAUUACUGUAAUUUGACUGUUAAAAGGAAAUGGUUGAGGGGAAACAGCUUUGUUUUUACUUUUGGUCUUUCGAUGGUGAGUAAUAUUAAUGCGAUGACACAUUAUCUGAAAAUAACAUGUAGCACUUAAAACCCUUUUUAUCUAUUCAUGAGUAAUUUGCAGUUAAA